AAUAAUAUUAUUCUUGUGUUUCAGAAGACUAAUCUCGGAAAUCCGAGUCACGAGCUAUCGACCAGUGACCACUGACCUCCGUCCGUCCCGGCGUAAAGGUACUGAACUACUGAUUUUUUCUUCGGUCUUUUUUGUAUAGACAUGGAUAGAUAGAAUAGGGAUGGAUGAAUAUGGAUGGAGAGUGUGGGCAAUGGAAGUCAAAACGAGAUUCGUCGAAAUUACUGAAUUAGCCACAACGUCUUCAGUAAAACGAUCCGACAUUCGUGGCAUUUACGUCAUUGUAACGGGUUUAGAGAAAUGGUCAAACACAAACUCACACACUCGAAGCCAGUAGAAGAAGCUGAGAGCAAGCUCAGAUGAUGGGUGUUUGUUUGUAUUGUGGGGAAGUAGAGAGCUUUUUUGCAGAUAAUCGGAGUGAAAACUGAAAAGACUCGAAACCAACAAAGAUUAGCAGAGAACAGAGAGUCUGAAAGAGAAGUCAUUCCAGAUCCAGUCAGAACUUCUUUCUUCUUCUUCUUCUUCACGACGUUCCAAGUUAGUUACGGUCGUGGUUUUAUGUUGAUUGAUUUUCUGGUUUCGGUUCCACCAUGCCAUCACGCCCGACACCACCGCCGCCGUUGAUCUUUCCGGUGGAAGCAUACCCACCUCAGACUAUUCCCAUCACUGAACCACCUAACCACCGCCCCCGCAACCGCCCGACCAAUUCUCAUCUCAUUACUCUCAUCGCCGGUGGGGUCAUUGCUUUUUCCCUAUUCGUCUUCUUCGCUGUGCUCUACCGGAAGCUCUCCCGGAAGAGGACGGCCCCGUCCGAUUUGAAGCCCCCACACCGCUUCUCCUACUCCGUCCUCCGCCAUGCCACGGCAUCAUUCUCUCCAGAUAACCGCCUGGGCCAAGGCGGUUUUGGCUCCGUAUACCGGGGCUCCCUCCCCUCCGGUCUAGAAAUCGCCGUCAAGCUCAUGGAUUCCGGCUCCCUACAGGGUGAACGUGAGUUCCAGAACGAGCUCGCCCUCGCUGGGAAGAUCGUCUGCGAUCGAGUGGUGGCGCUUCUUGGCUUCUCCUGCGACCGCAAGCGUCGGCGGAUGCUACUCGUGUAUGAGUUGAUGCACAACCGGAGCUUGCAGGAUGCGUUGCUCGACCGCAAAUGCCCGGAGCUGAUGGACUGGAGCAAACGGUUCUCUAUUGCGUUCGACAUUGCUAAAGGACUCGAGUUCCUUCACACUGUAUGCGAUCCGCCUGUAAUUCACGGCGAUAUCAAGCCCAGUAACAUUCUCUUGGAUUGCUAUUUCUCAGCGAAGAUUGCAGAUUUUGGGCUCGCUCGGUUGAAGACUGACGAUGCUUGCGAAGCCUCGCUGGAUGUAGCCGACUGUCCUGCAGCCAAGAUGACUAAUGAUUUCAAGGGGAAGAAGAAAGAGGGAUCGGAGAUUAGCGGUGGAGGUGCCGGUGGAGGGGAGGACAAUGGAUCUGUACUUGGAGAGACGGAGAGCGUGGCGACGGGUUACGAAGAGGCGCAUAUUGGUGUGGAUCAGUCGCCGGAGAGUUACUUGAGGGUUCCGGAUAUUGAGGCAUCACCGGAAGCAGUUAUCGCGGAGCCGUCGCCAUCAGAAAUGUUGGACAAGACGAGUGUGUCGGAGGGGUAUUUCGAUAAACUCAGCGUGGACAGUGGGAAAGACUACGUUGGUGGUGGAAAUCGGAAGGGUGCAAGGAAAAAUAGCAUUACUGGAAACCGGAAGGACUGGUGGUGGCGUCAGGAUAAUGGGGGAGUAGGUUCCGAGUCUGGGGAGGUGAAGGACUAUGUGAUGGAGUGGAUUGGGACUGAGAUAAAGAAGGAGAGGCCCAAGAGUGACUGGAUUGCGGCCUCGGCUUCUGUUGAAAAUGGUAGGCCUAGUGGGAAAUCGGAGCGGAAGAAACUGCAGAGGCGUUUAGAGUGGUGGACGUCGUUGGAUGAGGAGAAGAUUCAGAAGAAGUGCAGACCGCCAAGGGAGUGGUGGCGGGAGGAGUUCUGCGAGGAGCUUACUCGGAAGAAGAAGAAAAGAGGAGUCAAGAACUGCGCUGUUGGUGGAGGAGAGCAUUGGUGGCAAAGGGACGAUGAUAUUGGAGCGCAGAGAAAGAAGAAAAGCAGAAGAAGCAGUCGGAGCAGCGUUGAUUGGUGGUUGGACGGGCUAAGUGGGGAGCUACGGAAUGGUCGUCGCAACAGUCAGGAUUGGGCAAGUGGAGAGAUAGCCAAGAGUGGUGGUGUCAGCAGCACUCCUAGCAUGAGGGGCACUGUCUGCUACGCUGCUCCUGAGUAUGGUGGUGCUGGGAAGCUCUCGGAGAAGUGUGAUGUCUAUAGUUAUGGAGUUGUGCUGUUGGUUCUGAUAUCUGGCCGGCGGCCCCUCCAGGUGACAGCUUCUCCCAUGUCGGAGUUCGAGCGUGCAAACCUCAUUUCGUGGGCUCGCCACCUUGCUCACACCGGCAAGCUGCUAGAUCUUGUAGACCCAUCUAUUCAGUGUAUGGAUCGAGAGCAAGCACUCCUCUGUAUCAAUGUUGCAGUCCUCUGCCUACAAAGAUCACCUUCCCGUCGACCCACGAUGAAAGAAGUUGUGGGCAUGCUUUCCGGUGAGUCUGAGCCUCCCCACUUUCCCUUCGAAUUCUCCCCCUCGCCACCUUCCAAUUUCCCAUUCAAGUCUCGGAAGAAGCCUCGGUGAGUUUGAGUUAAUUAAUUAAUUAAUUAAUGAUCCAAGGCGGAAGGCUUUUCCACAGGAUGUACUGUUUGUUGUUGGUAAUCUCCAUUCUAUCAUCUUUCAUGGAUGAUACAUAUUCCAUGGAGAUAUGUAGUCUCUGUCCUACAAAUCCCAAUUCAGUAUAAAGCUUUCGAUGAAAUCAUGAUUAAGGCCUCAAAGGGAUGAGAAAGAAAAAUCCGAUCAAAAGGCAGCAAGAGGCAAGAGUCCCCCAGUUCGCCUUCUUUUCUCCUACGAUUUAAUUUGUAGUGGGCCAGGGGACUUUUUCCUCUUUCCUGCACAACUUUUAAAACAGGGUGAGAAUUGUCGCCCAAAAUUUUCAUUAUCUUACAAGGAAAUAAAAAAAAAAAACCUGAGUUGGUUUCCUUUUGCUUUGUGGACAUACAAAAUCUCUUGUAAACUGUUGAUCAUACUUGCUCAGAAAAGUGAGGAACAUUUGUAAAGCUGGUUAAUGCUGUCCUUCCUUUUUGAAUAUUCAUUUACACUCUUGUAAAGGCUCCAAAUUUCUAGAAAAGUAAGCUGCAAUUAUUUGUGUUA